UCAAUCUGGCAGUUUACUGUCCAAUAUGGCAACCAGGUGGGGAAUCUGUAGCGCGGGGAAGAUCAGUCAUGACUUCACUGUGGCCCUGAAAACUCUUCCUCCUGAAGACCAUCAGGUUGUGGCUGUGGCAGCUCGCAAUUUAGAGGAUGCACAGGGGUUUGCCAAAAAGCACAGCAUCUUACGAGCAUAUGGCAGCUAUGAGGAGCUGGCCAGAGAUCCAGACAUAGAUGUAGUGUAUGUUGGAGUUAUCCACCCCUACCAUCUGAGCACUUGUCUGCUCUUUACCAAUGCCAAGAAGAACGUGCUGUGUGAGAAGCCCUUGGCCAUGAACGCCAAGGAGGCACAGGAGAUCCUGGCGUCUGCCAAGAUGAAUGACGUCUUCUUCAUGGAGGCUGUCUGGACCCGAUUCUUCCCGGCCUCAGUGGAGAUCAAACGGCUGCUGACCCAGGGUGAUAUUGGUGAGGUGAAGAUGGUGAGAUCAGAGUUUGGCGUGCCAUUGGCACAUGUACCGAGAUCGGUGCAGAAGGAGCUGGGCGGAGGAGCAAUGCUAGAUAUUGGUAUCUACUGCCUGCAGUUCAUAUGCAUGGUGUAUAAUGGAGAGAAGCCAGAGUGCAUCCAGGCCAUGGGGAUCUGCAUGGAGACAGGAGUGGAUGAGACUGUAGUUGUCACUCUGAAGUUCUCCAAGAACAGGAUGGCAGUAUUUACUUGCUCUUCGUGUAUGCAGCUGCCCAAUGAUGCCAUUAUUGUAGGUACAAAGGGAACCAUCAGGGUCCCUGAUCAUAUGUGGUGCCCCACAUCAUUGGUGGUGAAUGGGAAGGAGACUCAGUACCCGGUGCCAGAACCCUAUUUGCCUCUUAACUUCCUCAACAGUACAGGGUUGCGUUACGAAGCAGAGGAAGUUCGACAGUGUUUGCUCAAAGGGCUGAAGGAGAGUGCAGUUAUGUCCCAUGCUGACUCUCUUCUGCUGGCUGAGGUGGAGGACGAGGUUCGCAGGCAGGUGGGGGUGGUGUACAGCCAGGACUGCCAUUAAAUGGUUAACGUGACGCUAGAUCGGCUUUCUGUUUUUGAUUAAAACAAGUUUAUGAUGGAGAAUCCCAAA